AUGCUAGCUGAUCUCUUUACCUUUCUCGGUGUGUUAUCGUAUCUCCAUUUGAUUCUUUCUUCUCCACUUCCUUCUCACCGUCCUCCUCCUCCCCAUCCCCUUGCCCUUUCCACAGAACCCCGUCGUCUUUUUCAAAACCAUGGUCAUAAUCCUAAUCCCCCCAUCCUCCCCACUUUCCCAGGGAUCAUCUCCGACUACAACACCUCCUCUCCCUCAAACAUCACUCGUCGUCUCCCAAGUAUCACCCACGUUCAUGAUGGUAUAUUCUAUGAUGAAAACAAUGAUCAACGUAUCUUUCGUGGUUUAGCAAUAAGUUACAAAACCUAUCCAUAUCUACCCGAUCUAAAAACAUUCCAUCCUGUUCUUAGCUUUAAUAAAGACGAUUUACGUUUAUUCGAUAAACUAAACCUCAACAUCAUUCGUUUAGGCAUAUCAUGGUCUGCGGCUCAACCUCAAAAAGGUUCAAGAGGCUUCAACGAACAUUAUCUAUCACAAAUCAAACAUUUAGUGAAAGAAGCGGAGAAACAUGGAAUAUACGUUUUAUUAGAUUGUCAUCAAGAUCUUUUCGCAGAGGGGUUUAUGGGUGACGGUUUUCCAAUUUGGGCAAUAACGAAGGAUUUUAAUACUUUACCUUUUCCUCUUCCUAUGAAACCGAUGAUAGCGAGGUAUAACGAGUCAGAUAAGGGACCGGAAAAUAUGAAAUAUACGGAUGAUUGGGGUUGGUUUUAUGGUUCUGAUUCUGUUACGAGAGCUUUUUGGGGUUUGUAUACUAAUUAUGAUGGUGUGCAAGAUGAGUUUAUUAGGUUUUGGUCAAAGAUUGCGAGGACUUUUAAAGGGAUGAGUAAUGUGUUUGGGUAUGAACUCAUCAACGAACCAUUUAUCGCUGCAAGAUCUACCAUUGAUAUCCCCCUCUCAUGGAUGUUACGAGACCAGACCGAGACGUAUUAUCUUCAACCAAUGUACGAUGCCAUCAUUUCUUCCAUCCGUCUGCAAGACCCAUCGACGCUCAUCUUUUGGGAACCGGUCUGCGGGUCUGGUGGAUCUCUAGGUGGAGGUUUCACACAUGUACCUGGGAAUGACGAGGGAAGAAGUGUAUUGAGUUUUCAUUCUUAUGGACCUAACUUGGUCGAUGGGUUGUUCAUACAUCAAGCGAUUGAGAAAGCGCAGAAGCAGGUGAGGAGAUUAGGAGGUGGGGUUAUGUUGACUGAAUGGGAUGUGGAAGCUAGUUGGGGUGAAGAGAGAAUGAGUGGUUGGCAAUACAAACAAUUUGUCAAAAUAGCAGGUUCUCCGUCAUAUGGAAGUUUAGUAGAUCCCAACACGGGAGAAUAUAGAUCAAACAUGUGUCAAUUAUUCUCCAGACCUUAUCCCAGUUCUGUGAAGGGUGAAUUGAUAUCGUAUAGUUUCGAUUGGGACAAGAAACUUUUGUACGUGAAUAUGAUCCCGGAGAAGUUUGGAGGUGAGAUUGUGGUGAGUGUCACUGAGGAAGCGGCAUGGGGAUGGGAGGGACGAUGGAGCGUUGUCUCAGCGACUAAAGAGGGUAGAGGAAUACAGUUGAAGAGAUUAGAGACGGAAGAAGAGAAAGAAGCUUUUGAGAAAGGAUUGGACGGAGGUGAAGGAAGAAGAGAAGAUGUGUGGUGGUGGGUUGAACAAGGUUGGGUGAAGGGGAGUAAACGUGUGGUCGUUCGACUUGGAGGGUCGGUCAGUGGUGGCUCCGUCGAGGUGGUCAUUGGUAUGAUCUGA